AUGCAUGAGAUUGCAGAAAAUUCAAAGAGAAUGACUACGAACAACAGGGCGAUCAGCUUAGACAACGGUUUGGGAGGCUACGCUUUCCAUCCAAUAAAAACGAAUGGAAAAGAACCAGAAAUGAGCUGCAAAAUUCAAGAUACAUUAACCCAACGACCUCAUGAUUUCCUAUUAGAUUUGUUGGUUUUGCUCUCUCAUUUUAUGAAGAUUUCCAUUUUAAAGAUACACAAACACGAAAUAUUGCCUUCGCAUGCUGAACAGUGGAAUAGGAUGGACAUACGAAAACUCAUACAUCGCUAUUGUGAACACAAAAUAAAAAAAUUAAAUAUAUUCGUAUAUGAAAUAUCUUCACAUCAUGCUGAACGAGAAACUUAA